GGACCCCGCGGGUUCCAGGAUCCGCGUUUAUCCCGGGGAAGACCCCAGGACCAAAGGCCCCCCGUACUUUCGGUCUGAGAUGUGGAAUACCACGUGAACCGAAUGCAGAGAAUCCGUGCUGACCCCGUGUUCCGCAGUCAAUCAAAGCUUUCGCCGACGCAGCUCGAUGAGCUGCAAAGGGCAACACAUUUCGAUAAGAAGGAGCUACAACAAUGGUAUAAAGGGUUCCUCAAGGACUGCCCGUCCGGUACCCUGACCAAGGAAGAGUUCCAGAAAAUCUACCGGCAGUUCUUCCCCUUCGGCGACCCGUCAUCCUUUGCCAAUUAUGUCUUUCGCGUUUUCGAUUCGGACAACAGCGGGAUGAUCGAUUUCAAAGAGUUUAUCUGCGCCCUUUCCGUGACUUCGCGGGGCAAGAUGGAGGAUAAGCUGGAUUGGGCAUUCCAAUUGUACGAUAUUGAUGGCGAUGGAAAAAUCACUUAUGACGAAAUGCUGGCCAUUGUCGAGGCGAUCUAUAAGAUGGUUGGAUCUAUGGUGAAACUCCCCGAGGACGAAGAUACCCCGGAGAAACGUGUACGGAAGAUCUUCCGGAUGAUGGACAAGGAUGAGAAUGGCAGUCUCGACAUCGAGGAAUUCAAAGAAGGCAGCAAACGGGACGAAACUAUCGUCAGUGCCUUGUCGCUUUACGACGGAUUGGUUUAGAUUGUUGCUUGGGCGAAAUACUGGCGCAAUGUGAGGCAUUCUCUUUUGGACGGGUGAGGGGGAUGCAUUGCAUAUUCUCUGCUUUCUUUUUUUCUUU